AUGGGGCGGGGAAAGAUAGAGAUCAAGAAGAUUGAGAAUUCAACCAACAGACAAGUCACCUUCUCGAAGCGCCGGGGAGGGCUGAUGAAGAAGGCCCAUGAGCUUUCUGUGCUAUGUGAUGCCCACCUUGGGCUCAUCAUCUUCUCGAGUACUGGCAAGAUGUACGAAUACUGCAGCUCACAUUCCAGCAUGCAACAAAUCAUUGAGAGGUAUCAAAAGGUCUCAGGAACUCGUAUUCAGGAGUAUGGUAACCAGCUGCAAAUAUACAACGAGGUGACAAGGAUGAGAAAUGAAACCGAUAAGCUACAGGCAAGCAUGCGACACUUCAGUGGAGAGGACUUGGCCUCUCUACCUUAUAAUGACCUGCAUCAGCUUGAAGAGCAACUUGAAAACUCUGUUAACAAGGUUCGAGCCAGGAAGAAUCAGCUCCUGCAACAACAACUAGACAAUCUACGUAGGAAGGAGCAAAUCUUACAGGACCAGAACAACUACUUGUACCGUUGUAUUGCAGAGCAUCAAGCGGCAAUGGAUCACCAACAAGUUUUGUUAGAGCAGAAGAACAUGGAACAACAGCCAGUUUUGGAUCAUUUCGGACUUUAUGCUGAGGAUCAAGGGAGAAAUAUGCUUCAGCUCUCUACUUUCUCUCCCCAGAUUCACCCUUACCGUCUCCAGCCUACUCAGCCAAAUCUACAGGAAGCCAGUCUCCAGCGACAUGGUUUGCAGCUCUGGUACCAAUUAAUUAACCCUUUCCAUUAG